AUGCUGAAGCUUGCUGCUUUCUGUAUCGCUUUGGUGUCAGCCGAUGAGCUGGCAGCACCUAUGCUCGAUGACGACGAGUGCGCAGGUGAGCAGUGUGCCCUGAACGCUCUGCAGCUGCGCACGGCCCCGGACUCGGAUGAGUCCAACGCCACCUUGGGGAGCUGCGGCUGGUGGCUGGGCGGUGACAAGCUCUGGGGCUGCGGGGACGGCCUGGAGGUUGUGACCGAAGACAACAAGAAGUACUAUGAUGCGGGGAUGUAUGCAGCAAAGAAGCGCUGUGGCGGACCCGAAUGUUGCCUCAUCGUGAACCCCAUGCACCAUCGAACGGUCGAGCAGUUCCACAUCCACUUCUUUAGAUAUCAGGGGAGCUACGCAGAAAACCUCAAGGCGAGGGUGGAGAAAAUGACGUGUGGAAAAGACGGGGAGUGGCAGCACGGUCAUCUCCCUUGCCACGGCAAGGCAGCCUUCUUCUCGGGCUAUCCCUACGUCUUUACGGAGGUCAUGAAGCAGGGCGACAUCUCUCAUCAGAGCAUCAUUGUGUGGCCCAGCUCAUGCGGUGGGAAGGGUGCUAUCAUCGAGCUGGCCGGGCACUGCAGCAUUGAACACCAAAUUCGUGGUGAUUUUGACGCGUCGAAGAGGUGA